AGUUUAGCUCCUCUAGUUUCUGUUUUAACUUUUAUAUCUUCUUUAACUUAUUUUUUAUUUAUUUAGUCCGCCUUGAAAACCAAACAGGAAUCAAAAUGCUUACUGCUCGCUCUCCGCUUUCCGUCAAGAAUGAGAACAAACUCAGCAGCGAGAUCAGCAACAUGUCGCUGGACAAAGAAAACACGCCUCCCAGCUUGAACAACACGCGCAUCUUGGCGUCAAAAACCGCGCGAAAAAUCUUCGACGAUGCUGCGCCCAAAGCCGAGAAGAAGAGCAGCAGCGUGGAAGAAGAGCCGCUGCUGAAGGAAAACCCUCGUCGCUUCGUCAUCUUCCCCAUCCAGUACCAUGACAUAUGGCAGAUGUACAAGAAGGCCGAGGCGUCUUUCUGGACCGCUGAGGAGGUGGAUCUGUCCAAGGACCUGCAGCACUGGGAGUCUCUGAAGGACGAGGAGAGGUACUUCAUCUCUCAUGUGUUGGCUUUCUUCGCCGCCAGCGACGGCAUCGUCAACGAGAACCUGGUGGAGCGCUUCACACAGGAAGUGCAGGUGACAGAGGCCAGGUGUUUCUAUGGUUUCCAGAUCGCCAUGGAGAACAUCCACUCAGAGAUGUACAGCCUCCUCAUCGACACGUACAUCAAGGACGCCAAAGAGAGAGAGUACCUCUUCAACGCCGUGGAGACUCUGCCGUGUGUGAAGAAGAAGGCCGACUGGGCCAUCAACUGGAUCGGCAACAAGAAAGCAAACUACGGAGAGCGUGUGGUAGCCUUCGCUGCCGUGGAGGGAAUCUUCUUCUCCGGUUCCUUUGCCGCCAUCUUCUGGCUGAAGAAGCGAGGCCUGAUGCCCGGCCUGACCUUCUCCAACGAGCUCAUCAGCAGAGACGAGGGUCUGCACUGUGACUUCGCCUGUCUGAUGUUCAAACACCUGCAGAACAAACCGUCCGAGGAGACCGUGACCAGCAUCAUCAAGAACGCCGUGGAGAUCGAACAGGAGUUCCUGACCGAGGCUCUGCCGGUGAAGCUGAUCGGGAUGAACUGUGAGCUGAUGAAGCAGUACAUCGAGUUCGUAGCCGACAGACUGAUGCUGGAGCUCGGCUUCUCAAAGAUCUACCGGGUGGAGAACCCCUUCGACUUCAUGGAGAACAUCUCUCUGGAGGGAAAGACCAACUUCUUUGAGAAGCGAGUGGGCGAGUACCAGAGGAUGGGCGUGAUGUCCGGCACCACAGACAACACCUUCAGGCUGGACGCUGACUUCUAGAGCUCAGAGGAGGACGGGCUCGGACCCACAAUCAGACUCACACGUUCCAGUCGAAGGAGGAGCGUCGACUCUGAACUGACUUUGUCUUAAGGACCUAUUUAAAGCGUCUCAGGAUGCUGGCUGUUAGCUGACGGUUAAAAGUAUUAAACUUCUCAGCCAGUCAGAAUACAGAUAAGUGCACUGCAGCCCGGAGACCUGCCCAAACUCAUCAGAUGUAUUGAUUAUCGAUAUUGAGUGUUUGGAUCAGAGCUCUGGUUUUAUGUAUUUUUGUUUUUUAAGGUGCUUUUUUUCCUUUUUGUAACUUUGUAGAAUUUGUUUUAUAAAUUGUAAAUACUUGUCUAAUGUAGU